AGACCUUAUUGCCCCACCCCCUCUCUUGCCUUGCGAGCGGCAGCGAACCAGCGAAGCAAAAUAAAAACAAAACAAAAAAGCUGGCAAGUGGCAACUUCAGUAAAUUGAUCCACUAAAAUAAGAACACGAUCAAAAGUUGGUUGGUUUCAAACAUUAAAUAUUCGCAUAGGAAUAUAUUUAAAAUGGAAACUAAUUCGGAGUCUCCAUCGACUACAUCCGAAUUGAAUGAAGAUUCGGACGCUCCUCUUCUUGAGCCUAGAAGAUCCGCAAGAACAAAAUCAACUGAUCUUCAGGGGCCCAAAUGGUGUCCAAGGUGUAGCAGAAAAAUGAGGAAAGGUGAUGCAGGGCAGACAGUUUGUGGACGUUGCUUGGAUUCUAAUGGCGGUCAAAGUGAAGGAUAUAAGAGCCAGUCAUUGAGAAAUACAAGAAGCAAUUUGAUUAAGCCUUUGAUAAGUGGAAUUCCAACAACCCGACCAACUUUGCCUAAAGGCAAAGGUCGAAGGUCUCAGCUGAAGCGAAUUCCCCAAAGACUGACAAAUUUAGUGCGAGAAAGCUAUACUCGAUCAUACGCCUUCUUAAACGGUCAAUACUUCCAAAUUGGCGAUGUUGUCAGUUUAAUGGAUGAGCAGGGCGAUAUUUUUUAUGCACAAAUAACUGGAAUGAUGCAUGACCACAAUUACCAGAAAAGUGCAACCAUUGCCUGGUUGAUUCCCAAAAAUGUGACCGAGAACACCUCAUUCGACCCUUCAGAUUACAGUCUGGGACCUCGUGAGACAGUGCCAAGAAUGCUGGAAAGUAUGCAUUUCGAGAUGCACCUGCCUCCAGACUUCUUUAGGCCUAUCAAGGCUCCAUAUCGAACCCCUCGAUGCCCAUCGGAUACUGGAUUUGUUUGGGUGCGGCUGAACAGAGAAAAUGAAAACGCGGAGCUCAAGAGUUAGUGAAUAAAUAAAUUACAGUCAGAUGAAUAAAUACCAACAUACAGAAAAGAUACAGGUGCAGGACUUAAGAGUAAUUAUCGCUCUUCUAAGAUCACAGUCUCUUGAGGGCACAGACUUGCAUGCUGCAGAGUUUGAGUGCUGUCUAAUGCUGUAAGCUGUAAAGUAAUAAAGAAAUCAAUAAAAAUCAAACUUGAAAUGUA